UAUUUUUCAUGUAUACAUUCCAUUAACAGCUAAUAGAAUAUAAAUUAACAAAUAUGUAAUGUAAACAUUUGAUCAAAUUCGGCGAAAACAGCAACAGCUAUUUGGAGUACUAAACUCGCGUAGAUAAACGGCACGCAACAUGUCAACCUGCAGAUCAGCAGGAGAGCGAAGUCGGAUUUAUUUAUUUUCUUUUCGGCCAUAGGGAGGAAAAGAAAAACAACCACAAGACAGGAGUUGCUCAACAAGCCGGGACGGAAAUUCCUCGUAACGAACGUUUGCAAACAUCCGCUUGCGCUGUGUGUUCCAGUUCCAGCUGCGCCACAUUUUUGUUUGUGUGCACGGUGCACCUGUACCUGUUCAAUCGCAGGUAGGCCAUGAUAUGGUUUGUGCUGCGUUUCACCGCUUGUCGUUAGCCGUCAAUCCCGUUCAUCUCGGUACACAGCGCAACAUUCGGCGGUGUCGCAACUGAAUCGGCAAGAGGAAAGGGAAAGAAAUUCUGCUCCUAGUACUGCAAUCAACGAAUACCGGGAGAUACUGCCGAGCGCAUGUAUGCCGCCUUCGUGUUCAACCCGCCUGUUGCCGGAUUGUGAAAAAUAAGCAUGUUGCUAACAGUCGGUACACACCCACUGCUAACCAUUUCCUGUCGCUCAGCGCUACCGGGAUUGUUGCUCCGCACCGCUUACCAUCGUUCGCUGUACGUUCCCCGCAGCUGGAUCGGUCGUGGAGCGCGCGGACUGCUGCCGUGCAAUGGACGGCGUGUGGGUCGCUUGUCCUACGACACAAAGACAUGGUUCGGACGGGAUCAUACCACUACCGGCACCCUGUUUCCAUCGGCCAGCAUCGGUAGCUGGCAGCGUCGCUAUUCGUCCAAUCUGAAGAAGAAGCAACCGCGCGUCGUCGCUGUAAAGUCGGUCGAGGGUUCGGAGCUGCUGCAGAAUGUGCUGCAAAAGAACAAACAGCUGCUGCAGGAAAAGCGCGAUGUGCUCGUGCGCGAUAUACGCGAGCGUAAGGAGAAGGUAAAGGAGCGCGUGGAAGAGGUCAUCGAGCGGGAAAACAUUGCCACCAUACCGAACCUGCUGUGUAUCGGGCGGAUCGUUGCGUCGCCCUAUCUCGGGUACGUGAUCGUGCAGGGCGAGUUCCGGCUGGCGAUGGGUAUGCUGAUCGUGGCGGGAUUAACCGAUCUGGCGGAUGGAUUGAUUGCGCGCCACUGGCCAAGUCAGGCGAGCCGGCUCGGUUCCUUCCUCGAUCCGAUGGCGGACAAGGUGCUGGUCGGAUCGCUCGUUAUCGCGAUGUGUUACAGCGAUCUGCUUCCGCUCUGGCUCACCGCCAUGAUCCUAUUCCGGGAUGUGUUUCUUAUCGGGGCCGGCUUCGUUAUACGUUACAUCAGCCUUCCGCAACCGCGCACCCUUUCGCGGUACUUUGACGUAACACACGCUACUGCACAGCUGGCGCCAACCUUCGUCAGCAAGUUCAACACUGCCGUACAGCUGGUCACUGUUGCUGCCACGCUCGGUGCACCAAUCUUCAAUUACGUCGACCAUGCGUACCUCCACGGGUUGUGGUAUCUAACCGGGUUUACCACGGUUGCGGCCGCCGCUAGCUACCUCACCAGUAAGGACACGUACAAAAUUCUGCGCAAAAAAUCGUAGUCCUGUCCUGUCCCCCAGCUCCUAUCUUAAUUGGUUGGAGUAGUUCUUUUCUUUUCACGUUGUUUGACUCCCCAAAAAGAAACCCCCCUUUUUCGGUGCCGUAUUUUACUACCCACGGUAGACACAGGUUUUGGUCCAAAAAAGAAAAAUAUGUAAAUAAAUAAAGAUAGUUCCUCAUUAUUAGAUAA